UAAAAGAAGAGAUCCCAAGUCCUCUCUUCACUUUCUUUAUUUGCUUCGUUUAUUCAAACCCUAAUUCUUUCGCUGUUUGUGCCAAUGUCACAUCUAAUCAAAUCGAGCAAAGUAACUUACAAGGAAUCGGAUGAGCUCGAUGGUCCCUCGAGCAAUCUUUGGGUUGGGAAUUUGGCCGCCGACGUUUCGGAUUCGAAUCUUAUGGAUCUAUUUGCAAAGUUCGGUGUUCUUGAUUGCAUGAUGACUUGUACGUCUAGGAGUUAUGCGUUCUUAUACUUCAAACGUGUGGAGGAUGCUGCAGCGGCGAAGGAGACGCUUCAAGGAACGGUCUUGCGUGGGUAUCCUUUGAAGAUCGAGUUUGCGAGACCGGCCAAACCCUGUAAGCAUCUAUGGGUGGGUGGAUUCAGCCCAGCAAUUUCUAAGGAACAGUUGGAAGAAGUGUUUCUUAAGUUUGGUAAAAUUGAGGAAUUUGAGUUUCAUAGAGACCGGAAUACUGCGUUUAUUGAGUAUGUCAAACUGGAAGAUGCUUCAGAAGCCAUGAGAAACAUGAAUGGAAAGCGAAUUGGUGGUGACCACAUAUCUGUGGAUUUUGUUCGUUCACAAUCCUUAAGAAGACAGUCUCAGCUUUCAGGGGUCCGAAGGGAAGGUUUGCCCAGUAAUGUACUGUGGAUAGGCUAUCCUCCAUCUGUGCAGAUUGAUGAGCAAAUGCUCCACAAUGCAAUGAUUCUUUUUGGCGAGAUUGAGAGAAUUAAGAGCUUUCCAUCAAGGCACUUUUCCUUUAUAGAGUUCAGAAGUGUAGAUGAAGCUCGGCGUGCUAAAGAAGGCUUGCAGGGGCGGCUUUUCAAUGAUCCUCGCAUCACAAUUAUGUAUUCAAGCAGUGAGCUGGCUCCUGGUAAAGAGUACUCUGGUUUUAACCCUGGGGUUAAAGGGACAAGGCCAGAGAAUUUUAAUGAACAUCUUUUGGGAUCUAGCCAGCGGGAAAUAUUGGAUCAUCAUCGUCCUAUAGGGCUACAUACUUUUCCUGGACCAUUGGGACCUAGUAGUGUGCAUAGACCAAACCUAUCAUUGCGUCCUUUUGGUCCUCAAGGUGGUUUUGACCCUGUGCUUUCUAGUGCAGAAUAUAAUGAUUUGGCUUCUCUGCGUAAUUUCCGAGAUGGGAAUUCUAACAUUCCAAUGGGGCCUAACUGGAGAAGGCCUUCACCUCCUGAAUCUGGGAUUCUUCCUUCUCCUGGUUCAAGGAUUAGGCCAUCAAUGAGGUCAGUGUCUAGUGGAUGGGAUGUACUUGACCCCAAUCAGAGGGAACCAAAAAGGUCAAGGAUUGAUUGGCCACUGCCCAUAGAUGAUGAUUCUUUUGCCUCAAGGAAGAUUGAUGAUCGUGGGCUGGGUUUAGAUAAAACAUAUAGGCUUGGGUCAGCUACUGAUGCUGUUAUCUCAGGUCCAUUCAUAAAUGUUCGAGGGAAGCGUAGUCUUAGUCCAGUUGGUGUAAGGGGCAUUGUAGUAUCUCAUCAACGUCAUCCUGGCGAUGAUUAUAUAUGGCGUGGUAUUAUUGCUAAGGGUGGAACACCAGUAUGCCAUGCUCGUUGUGUCCCCAUAGAUAAAGGGAUAGAGUCAAAACUUCCAGAAGUUGUUAAUUGCUCAGCCAGAACUGGAUUGGAUAUGCUCACGAAACACUAUGCUGAGGCCAUUGGAUUUGGCAUUGUCUUCUUCUUGCCAGACAGUGAAGAUGAUUUUGCUUCCUAUACUGAGUUUCUUCGCUAUUUGGGUUCAAAAAACCGUGCUGGUGUUGCCAAGUUUGAUGAUGGGACAACACUAUUUUUGGUGCCUCCAUCAGAUUUCUUAACCAAGGUCUUGAAAGUUGCUGGACCUGAACGUCUUUAUGGUGUAGUUCUCAAGUUGCCGCAACAUGUCCCUAGUAAUGCAUCAGUACAGCCGCAGCUACGACAGCCCAGCCAUUUUCCUCAGUAUGUUGAUAGACAUCAAAUUCCUCCACCAGAGGCUGAUUAUAAUCAAAUUCCUCAGGAGGAAUGUAUGAUGCCACUGGAUUAUAACAGGGUUUUGCAUGAGGACUCAAAGCCUUUGUCAAAAUCAUUAUAUCCACCAACCACUCAGUCUAUUUCAGAGCAGUCAGUCCCUCAUGACUAUGCUUCUAAUAGCUCUGUAGCAGCUUCUCAAGCUGGAGUUUCAUUGACACCUGAGCUUAUCGCCACUCUUGCAUCUCUAUUGCCUGCAAAUGCACAGUCAACUGGUUUAGAAGGUGGUCAACCAGUAUCAGGCUCUGUUGUUGGGCCUCCAUUUUCCUCAGUUGCUACUAAUAAAGGAACUUCCUCACUUGAGUGGAAGCAUGAUAAUCAGGUUUCUGGAAACACAAAUCAUAUACAAUUUGGGAGCCAGUUCAAUUCUCAGGCACAAAUUCAGCCUCAGUUUCAGCCUCAUCCAUCUGUAUCCUGUGGACCUUAUAAUCCAGCAAAUAUGAUCCCUGGGAACACCCAAAUCCAAGAUUCUUCCAUCAACCUACCACAUCAGGGUGGUAUUCCUUCUAGGCCAUUGACUAGUGUUGCGAUGCCUUCCCAGAGUGGACAAGUUGGUUUGUCACCACAAGUUAGCCAGCAGUAUCAGCUUGAUGUUCUUCAUCAGAAGGGAUAUGUUGGAUUGGUGCAUGGAACAGAUGUUUCGGGUUCUUAUAGUCCAUCAAUUGUUCAGCAAUCUAAUAAUCCUGUUUCCUUCUCUAGUCAGGCUAAGGGUGGUAAUCAUUCCCAAGCGCUACCUGUGAUGCCUUUAUCUGCUGACAAAGUGAAUCAGCAGAUUCCCAAUCAGGUGCAGUCAUUCCAAACUGCUCUUCCUGGAGCUGGUCAGGGCACAUCAGAGGAUGAGGUUGACAAGAAUCAGCGAUACCAAUCAACAUUACAGUUUGCAGCAAGCCUGCUUCUCCAGAUACAGCAGCAAACAGGCAAUCCAGCAGUGCGAGGGUCUGGAAAUCAACAAUGAGAUUCCUUUGAUAUAGGCAUAAAAGGUGAUGGAAGCUAAAUAUUUGGACCUAGUUUUCUCUGUUAGAGACACAUUUACGCUCCCUGCCCAGUUCCCAUUGGUUUUCUGCCUCUCAAACUGAUGUGGUUUAGUCACAUCUUCACGCUGGUCAGACCGGCUACAUUCACCCUUGUGUCAAAGUUUUAAAGUAAUAAAAUGUCACAUAGGCCGAAUGCUCAUUUGGAACUAAGUUAUAGUGAGGUUUAUUGGAGGAUUAAAUGUUAUUGAUUUGACAUAGCUUAAACUAUACAAAUAUACAAUGACAAGGAAUCAUAAAAUACUGAUUUGGAGA